AUGAAUCGCCUUUUUGUACUAUUUAUUUCACGGUUUUUCGGGAAAAUCUUUUUUCAUUUUCCCAGCGUCCUAGAAUUGCCUUUCUGUUUUUUCCUUCUCCUUUUGAUUUUCGUAUCAUUAUUAUUACUUUGGUUUCUUAAUAGGGGGAUGAUUCAUCGUGGAACCCGUUCCCCCAACGAAUUGGAUUUUCAUUUUUUUUUAUUUUUGUUUACCUAUAAAUUUUGUUUAGAGACUGUUUUUUUAGAUGACGGAGAGAAUGUUUUACCAAAUCCAGCAGGGGAUCAGGCUCAACCCGCGGAUGCACCCCUUGCUCCUGCAGUGCAAGUCCCUGCCAUUUUGAACCCACCCCGGGUUCCAUCGAUCCCGUCAUCCCUGGAUCCAGGGAGAACGCCAGAAGAUCGAGUACGAGAGGGAACAGAGGCAGCAGUCACGGGCUGCUGCUCGUCUUUUGUCGAGUGUCUCUGUUCUACCUGGUGCGAUAGCUUUUAG